AUGUUAUGGGUCAAUGUGUUAUCAACCGGACGAAGAUUAUCUUCAUCUUUCAGCGGCAAUGAGGUCAAACAAGAGUUUUUUAAAUUCUUUGCCCAAAAGGGCCACAAAAUAGUUCCAUCUGGUCCAGUAAUUGCUGAUGAUCCUAGCUUGGCAUUCACAAAUGCGGGUAUGAAUCAAGUAAGUAAGUGUUCUUGAGUUAUUUAAUUUUUUUUAGUUCAAACCGAUUUUACUCGGCCAAGUUGAACCAAUUUACAAACGAGUGGCUAAUUCACAGAAAUGUAUUAGAACCGGUGGAAAGCACAAUGAUCUGGAAGAUGUUGGAAGAGAUAUGCACCAUCAAACGUUCUUCGAGAUGCUGGGAAAUUGGUCAUUUGGUGAUUAUUACAAUGUAAAUUUUGAAUAAAGUACGAAAAUUAUUGUAGAAAGAGGCAUGUGAAUACGCAUGGGAAUUCUUAACAGAGAUUAUGAUGAUUCCUCCACAUAGGAUAUAUGUCAGUUACUUUGCUGGUGACAGACGUUUGGGACUGCGCCCGGACAAAGAAUGUUUGGAGAUUUGGAAAGGCCUUGGGUAAUUUUAAACUCUUUUUAAGAUAAUUAUUUGUUUAGGGUGAAAGAUAUUAACCUUGUCCCGGCCGGAUAUGACUCAAAUUUCUGGGAGAUGGCAGACAGAGGUCCUUGUGGCCCGUGCACAGAAAUCCAUGUUGAUCGGAAGAACCGAAAAGGUCAGGGUCAUCUUGUUAAUGUCGAUGGAUCAGAUGUCAUCGAACUUUGGAAUCUUGUAUUCAUGCAGUUUAAUCGGACAGGUGAGGCCGUCUUUGAUCCUCUUCCAAGAAGAAAUAUCGACUGUGGGAUGGGAUUUGAGAGACUUGUGAGUGUUGUUCAAGGAGUGGGUUCUAAUUACCAGACCGAUGUCUUCUUACCUUUACUAAAUAAGAUUGAGGAAGUAAGUGUUUGCUUUAUGCUCUUCUAAUUGAGACCGAAGAGUCCGGUUUUCGAUGAGUCCCGCUUUUUGAAUUUUCAAAAUAAGAGAUACGAUGAAAAUUUCCAAAUUUUUAAAAUUGGAAAUGACAUGUUAUACGAUUAAAAAGUUUUUUUUCAAGAUGUGUGGUGACUAAAAAAUGGUGAGAAUUGUCAAUGUCCAUCAUCAUUUGAGAGUUUGAAGAAGCUUUUAUAUCGUAUAACGUUUCACCCCUAAUUUUAAAAAUUUGAAAAGUGGGAAAAUCCGGACACUUCGUAUUUCUCGUGAUAAUAUUCUUCUUCCUAUUUAUAGUUAAGUGAAGUGAAGCCUACAAGUGAUGAAAUCCAAAUUGCAUACAGGAUUGUAGCAGAUCAUUUGAGAUCAGUCUCUAUCGCUUUAUCCGGUGGGGCGAACAUAUACAACUCUAGAUUCCACUCGCUCAGAGUCAUGGUCAGACAUUUGGUCAGCUUCAGUCGAGAAGUCCUCAAGAUGGAUGCUCAUUUGAUGGAAUUAGUUGAGUAUUCCUUGGAGUUCUUGGUAAGUUGGAACAUGCCAACUUUCUAUUUUGCAGAGCCCAACAUUCCCCGAAUUAUAUGAUUCAGAAACAAGAAAAUAUAUUACAUCUACAAUUCAGAAACAAUUAAAAACGCAGCAGAAGCAGGGAAGGAAAGCUGAAAUAGCUUUCCAUGAUUUGGCCGCUGGAUUAAAGGAGGGGGAAGCUUUAUCUGGUAUGUAAUCAAAUUUUAAUAUGUCGUCUUUUAACUUCUUUUAUCGAAAUAUCAUCAUUUAGUUGGGAAACAAUUAUAUUUGUGGGUUAACUAUGGAUGCACGCCAGAACUCGCUCAGAGAUUUGCAGAUCGGAGGAGAAUAGAAUUGGAAAAAGGGGUUGAAGAGGUCUGGGAGAAUUACAAGGUAGGAAUGAAGUUGUUUUAAGAUGAUAAUAAUUAUAUUCCUUCAGAGAACUGGUCAAAUGCCGUGGACCAAACGCGCGCAGAGAAAUUAG